AUGGAAUCCAUAGAAAUGUCUGUUACUAAGCAAACAAUUCCACAUGGGAGUUAUAUAGUUAAGGCUGGAGAUUCAUUAAUGAGUAUAGCGGCUCGAGUUGGCAAUGUUACUCCAGCCCAACUCGCUCGUUUUAAUAGAUUGGGAAUGCUUGGUUCUAGUCAUCCCCCACUUUUUCCCGGACAACGUUUGUAUAUUCCUAAUAAAGAUGAGGUUUCUGCACAGAACGUUCGUCUUCGCCAUGUUCCUGGUACCGCAACUCGAGUUCGCUUACUUUCCGAUGAAAAUUCUGACCAAUUGUUCACUCCGAUAACUACUUCCUUAGAUAGUCAAGCUGAUAUUUCCUCAUCAUCAUUUCAGGAAGGCGUCAUGGAACGUCUCUUUGUUAAGGUCAAAGCAAAACGAGUGCUUCUGCCGUCAAAAAAUGAAAUCGACGGUUUACUGAUUUUUACUCCGGAUGCAGUUUGUUUUGAUGCCUUAGCGACAGCAUCGGCUCUGAAUCGGGCUAAUGCAGUUAAACGCCAAGAUACCAUCCACUUAUCUAAUUCUCCAAAUUCGUCUGAAAUAGUCCUUCCUGAACUCAUUUUGGAGGCUGCUGAACCGGUUCAUGACGUGGUGGCUCUCUCUGUCUGCAUUCCAAUUGCAUCCAUAGUCUCUUUGAACACACAUGGAGAUAUGCACAACCUCUUGACUGUUUUUCAUACAAAGGAUCCCAAGAAAGAUUCCUUGCCGAAAGAACUUUCAGGUUCUUCGGAGAUUGAAAUCUUCCUACCUGAAAAAUCUCCGGAAGUAACAAAAAAGUCUCCAACUCAUGACAGCAAGUUCUCUCUAAUUCUUUUCUUUAUUUCACAAUUUUAAACUAAGUCUGCUUCUGAGAGUCCUGAGCUUGAAUUGAAGGAAACGAAGGAUUCAGCUAACUUGCCUGAGCAAGUUCAACUUCCCGAGGAGGUCUAUAUUUCCAUCGGCGUGGAUACAGAGAAGAUUUCCUCCUCCCUCCCUCCAACUGCGAAAACGCCGAAUACCGAUCAUAGGACCAUUUCAGAAGCUGCUAGCACUUCUCUCCACGUCUUUAAAAUUCCUCUUGAAAAGUAUGUCUGCUCUUAUUAUGAUGAUGAUGAUAUUUUCCCCUUUCUUAUGCGAAGCUAA